ACAGCACAUCCUGCGCGCGCCGGGCCCGCCGCCCUCUGGAGCCGCUCGAGCCUCGACCCCGCCGCCCCCCGGGGGCCGCUGCCGCGCUCGCUCGGGGAGCCCAGUGCCGCCGCCGCCGUCGCCGAGCGCGUCCAGGAAACCAACAUGUCUGACAAAAGUGACUUAAAAGCUGAGCUAGAGCGCAAAAAACAGCGCUUAGCACAGAUAAGAGAAGAGAAGAAACGGAAGGAAGAAGAGAGGAAAAAGAAAGAGGCUGAUAUGCAGCAAAAGAAAGAACCUGUUCAGGACGACUCUGAUCUGGAUCGCAAACGCAGAGAGACAGAGGCUCUUUUGCAAAGCAUUGGUAUAUCACCGGAGCCCCCUCUAGUCCCAACCCCUAUGUCUCCCUCCUCGAAAUCAGUGAGCACUCCCAGUGAAGCUGGAAGCCAAGACUCAGGAGACCUGGGACCAUUAACAAGGACCCUGCAGUGGGACACAGACCCCUCAGUGCUCCAGCUGCAGUCAGACUCAGAACUUGGACGAAGACUGCACAGGCUGGGUGUGUCGAAGGUUACCCAGGUGGAUUUUCUGCCCAGGGAAGUUGUGUCGUACUCCAAGGAGACCCAGACUCCUCUGGCUACACAUCAGUCUGAAGAGGAUGAGGAAGAUGAGGAAAUGGUAGAACCUAAAGUUGGCCAUGAUUCAGAACUGGAAAACCAAGACCAAAAACAGGAGGUGAAAGAAGCCCCUCCACGGGAGCUGACAGAGGAAGAAAAACAGCAGAUCCUUCAUUCAGAGGAAUUUCUCAUCUUUUUUGAUCGGACAAUACGGGUAAUUGAAAGAGCACUAGCAGAAGACUCUGACAUCUUCUUUGACUACAGCGGUCGAGAGUUAGAGGAAAAAGAUGGGGAUGUCCAGGCUGGAGCCAACCUUUCUUUCAAUCGUCAAUUCUACGAUGAGCAUUGGUCCAAGCACCGAGUAGUCACUUGCAUGGAUUGGUCCCUGCAGUACCCCGAGCUGAUGGUUGCUUCCUACAACAACAAUGAAGAUGCUCCCCAUGAACCAGAUGGAGUGGCUUUGGUCUGGAACAUGAAGUUUAAGAAAACCACACCAGAAUACGUCUUUCACUGUCAGUCCUCUGUGAUGUCAGUGUGCUUCGCUCGUUUCCAUCCCAACUUGGUGGUUGGUGGGACUUACUCGGGCCAGAUUGUCCUGUGGGAUAAUCGCAGUCAUCGAAGGACACCAGUGCAGAGGACACCCUUGUCAGCUGCUGCACACACCCAUCCCGUGUACUGUGUAAAUGUUGUUGGGACCCAGAAUGCUCAUAACCUCAUCACUGUCUCUACCGAUGGUAAAAUGUGUUCCUGGAGCCUGGACAUGCUCUCAACUCCACAGGAGAGCAUGGAGCUGGUGUACAAUAAGUCCAAGCCUGUGGCUGUUACCGGAAUGGCUUUCCCGACGGGAGACGUCAAUAACUUCGUGGUUGGCAGUGAGGAGGGUACGGUCUACACAGCCUGCCGUCAUGGAAGCAAAGCAGGUAUUGGUGAGGUCUUUGAAGGUCACCAAGGGCCAGUGACUGGAAUUAACUGCCACAUGGCUGUGGGCCCAAUUGACUUUUCACACCUGUUUGUCACGUCAUCAUUUGACUGGACCGUCAAACUGUGGACCACAAAGCACAACAAGCCGCUCUACUCCUUUGAAGACAAUGCAGACUAUGUGUACGAUGUCAUGUGGUCCCCCGUGCAUCCCGCGCUCUUUGCCUGCGUGGACGGGAUGGGGCGCCUGGACCUCUGGAACCUCAACAAUGACACCGAGGUCCCGACAGCAAGUGUGGCCAUUGAAGGGGCUUCUGCCCUAAACCGUGUUCGUUGGGCUCAAGCCGGGAAAGAAGUUGCCGUUGGAGACUCAGAAGGCCGAAUUUGGAUCUACGAUGUUGGAGAGCUUGCAGUUCCCCACAAUGAUGAAUGGACCCGAUUUGCCAGGACCCUCGUGGAGAUUCGUGCCAACAGAGCUGAUAGCGAGGAGGAAGGCACCGUUGAGUUAUCUGCCUAAUGGAAACCAACCAUCCCCACCCUAGCCCCCACCUUCGCCUUCUAGAACUCAGCUCUGCAGUCAUCGAUUCCACUUGUAUCCAGUGUCCAUUCAGUAACAGUGUUGUGUGACAUUUUGGGUGUCAUAUUGUGCCAGCUUUGCUCCAAGUAUUCCAAAUGUAUCCCACCCUGCUUUCCCCUGACCUGAAAUUCACCAGAUCAUUUCUAUCUUUCUAUUUGUCUCAAAAAUGGGGGGGGAGGGGAGGGGGAGGCUUUACGGGUUUAGUUGUUGCCUUUUAACUACUUAGUAGCUGUAUUUAAUAGCUGGAAACCUCUGGUUAAAUUUGUUCUUACAUGCACUUCUGGCAUAGUCCUAUUAAAUCCAUAUGAAGCCAGAUAUGAUCAGGUGCAGAUGUGGCGUGCUUCAUGAUAUGGCACAGGGCCAAAGACUUGAGAUGUGGUGUUUUACAUGGUGACUCACAUUAUGAACGGAUUUACUAGAAGAACAUUGCUGCUCCUUAUUUAUUGUGGUGUGCUGCAUGGAACAUAUUGAUUUGAAAGCAUUAAAAUAAACGAUCCUAGAGCAUGUGCAUAAUGAGAGGACUGUAUUGUCUCUCUGCUGCUGUUGAGGUUACAUUAAGUUCCAAAGAACAAUUACAGUAUGCCAGUUCCACGGAGGACAAGAAAUCUUUAGAGGUUCGUUGCAAUGAACGGAAUGAAUUUUAAUGCCUAUUAUUUCUAGGUACUUUGACAAUAUUUCAAAUAUAGUUGACCAUUGAUACUUGUCAUUCAAGCUAACACAGUCCAACAAGAGUCUGUGGUUCCUGAAUAUGACACCAGUA